UCAUAGGUACUUUUGUGACGUCAGGACCAACAACGGGGAAGGGGGGUACAUGAAGGGGGUGAGAAUUGAACUAACAGCCCACCCUUAAUCUUCCUACACCCGAGCUUGGACUGGGGGUUACCCUACCCCUCAGUCGUCUAAACCUGUCCUGUCUCCCCCAGAGGAACCGAUCCAGACCUCUUGCAGUGCACCCGCGCUUGUGACACGGCAGCAGCAGCAGCAGCAGCAGCAGCAGCAGCGAGGCCCUCUGGCGGCAGCAUCCUGCCAAGCAUGGAACUGGAGGUGCGGAUCAAUACGCAGGCGUGCCGAUCAAUGGUCCCUUCCCCCAUCCUCCCAUCUACUGCGCCACCUCCCCGACCCCGCACCCUCCCCUUCCCACUACUCUGCGAGUCGCAGUCGUGGCUGCUGUCUCUGCUGGCUGUUGGCAGCAGCAUCGACAUUGUGGGCUGAGCGCCGGACUCGGGGCCUUACGGUGACGCGACUAUGAUGACGUCUGUAGGAGAGUAAGUACAAGGGCGGGAAGAACGUCCAGGUGAGACAUUGCUGUGACGUGUAGGUGACGUCGUCUGUGUGUCUGCAUUACCUACACCAGUGUCCCAACCACCGACAUCUUGAGAUCAGUCCCACGCUAUCCAGUCUACAGAGAGAGAGAGAGACAGAGAGAGAGACAGAGAGAGACGAGAGAGAGAGAGAGAGACAGAGAGAAAUAAAAGCUCCAUCAGUUCCGCUAUAUCCAGCUUCUAAGAGCGAAGGAAGUAAAAAGUAAAUCGAUCAGCAGCAACUUGGAGGCUGCUACAGGAAGCCGAAUCCAUCAGAACGUGCAGCAGGCGGCGCAAGUAACGGUUAGCGAGGGUUUGUUAGCUAAUUGUAACGAGAGCUCGCUCGGCACUCAUGCCAGACGCCAGCCUCACCAGCAUCCAACAAGCCGGGGCUCCACGGUGAGGUGUUCAGCUCAUUAGAAAGAUACCUGGGAGGUCUGUGAGAGGAGGAGGACCCUAACUGCUGUUUGCCGAAGGAUCGAUGCUGUUUGAUCGCGGGAACCAAGAGAGCACCGAUCCUGAAAUUAGCGACUUUUUUUGUGGUGCUCUUCAUCAUUUGCUGAUGUCCUGACCAGAUUGCUGCACACCAUACCUUCACAUCGUCGAUAACACAUCGGCUUGGCAACCACAUUUGUUUCACGAAACUUCAAGUAGUCUGCUCCACGUGUCGUGUACCCGGGAUUUGCUGAAGAGGGAAUCAGAGUGAAAGAGGACAAAACAGUUUUGAGAGUGUUUGGUGAAGAAGUCGUGAGAGGUCAAGUGAGAAUGUCAAGCUGGUGACAAACAUCACAAACUGUCAAAGAAACCAGAGUCUGGCAGGAGGUCUACAGUCUAGAACAACUACAACAAUUUUGGUUUUGACAGCCUAGCUUGAAGACCCUCCACCAUGUCGUUCUCCAGCUUCAAAGACAAUUUCUCAUCUGGAAUGAGUUAUCUCAGGCGCCGAUUCUCCUCUGGCGAUCUACAGGGGGAGCUUGAGGACGAGAGGCAGCCACCGCCGCCGGUGGGCAAGAAAGGUCCUUCCCCCAGCGCCCCCAGCUCACCCUCCCGCACCACCCCGGCCACAGCCAUCGGCCAGCGCAUCUUCUCGGCGGGGUCAUCGGGGUCAGGCAAGCCGGCCUACAACAAGGACCGCUGCAAGACUCUCAUCAUCGACGACCAGCACACGGACUGGUCCAAGUACUAAGGGAAGAAGAUCUUUGGUGAUUGGGAUGUACGAGUGGAACAGGCGGAGUUCUCUGAGAUCAACCUGGCGGCAUAUUCAGACAGCGGGACAAUGGUGGACAUCCAGGUGAACAGGAAUGGAACGAAAGUAGUUCGAUCCUUCAGACCCGACUUCUUGUUGAUCAGACAGCACGUGCGGGACGCGCACGAAGACUGGCGCAACCUGCUGCUGGGUUUCCAAUAUGGCGGGAUACCUGCCGUCAACGCCCUCAGCGCCACCUAUAACUUCCUGGACAAGCCCUGGGUGUUUGCCCAGCUGAUUCAGAUCCAGAAGCGGCUGGGUAAGGAGGCUUUCCCCCUGAUCGAGCAGGCCUACUACCCCAACCACAAGGAAAUGCUCAUCACGCCCAAAUUUCCGGUCGUCGUGAAAAUUGGACAUGCGCACCAAGGACUAGGCAAGGUUAGGGUAGCGUCGCCCCAUGAUUUUCAAGACAUUGCCGGGGUGGUGGCGGUCACUCGCGGCUACUCCACCACAGAGUCCUACAUAGACACCAAGCUCGACAUCCACAUCCAAAAGAUAGGCAACUCCUACAAGGCCUUCAUGCGGAAGUCUAUAUCUGGCAAUUGGAAGGCAAACACAGGAUCGGCCAUGUUGGAACAGAUUGCCAUGAACGAAAGGUUUAAAACGUGGGUGGACGAGUGCAGCAAGCUCUUCGGCGGCCUUGACAUCGUGGCAGUUGAAGCCAUACAGGGCAAGGAUGGACGAGAACACAUCAUUGAGGUCAACGGUUCCUCCAUGACCCUCCUGGGGGAGACGCAGGAGGAGGACAGGCGCCUGAUCGCGGACUUGGUGCUCACGCGGAUGCAGCAAUACCUGAAGCCCGUCACCACUCUGACUAAAGCCACCAGCUCAGGGGCCAUAAUGCACCAGGCAUUAAAUGACCAUUAUGCAAGUUCUAAUCAAGUUGGCUCCCCACAGGGGCGACAACAGAUGAUGAAUGCGACCUCCCCACGACCCGCACAGGGUCAGAAUCCUGGCAUGGGCAGUGAGAGGCCGGUGCUUCCAGGAGCGGUUCCAGUGUCCCUCCCAAUGGGUCACGGUGGGGGAGGAGGUGGCGGUCAUCCAGGGGGUCAUGGUGGCCAGCAGCUUCCGAACCAGCAACAGCAACAUCAACAGCAGCUACAGCAGCAGAUGUCCAACGCCCACCCACACGGGCCACCCAUGCACCCGGCCAUGGCGGCUCGCACGGCCAGCAAAGACGAGGAGGACACGAUGAAGAACUUGAGGAAGACUUUCGCGGGCAUCUUCGGGGACAUGUAGGAGGGCGGACCCUGGCUCUCCGUCGCCUGAAACUGGGGCUGGUGUGCGGUCACGUGACCCUUUGAUGAACGUGGGUGGGACUAAGGGCAAAAAGCGAAAGCAUCGUGAGAAUAAACCUCGUGAGAGAGUGUGACAAGAAACAGAAAGCAUCUAAAGUGAACAUGAACCAAAGACACAUGUAAUGUACAUAAAACAAACAAACACAACUUUUUGUUGUGCUGAAGAGACCUGUCAGGGUGUGAUGCCAUCCCUCAAAGCAUGCCUUUGGAUCUGGUGCAUGUGCGUGUUUGUGCAAAGAAAACUUGUUUCAUAGGGACCAAGCCCCAGACCUCGCACGUGUAGGGGCCUGACACUCUGCUGGUACUAAAGCAGGGAUCGUGGCACAAAGCUUCGUGUAGGAACCUUGGCGUAGAGCGAAGAAAGACUGAAAUGAGCGAGAUUUUGCGAGUAUUAAUUAGUCAAUAGAUGCCUGGCACGUGACUAGGUCCUACCUGAAUGGUUAAUGCAAGACUCACCUGGAAUGACAAUUGUUUACACUGACAAUGACAAUGACAAUGACAAUGACAAUGACAAAAGAAUGUAAGCCAGUGGGUUGAGCACUUAACCAUUCAGCUAGCGAUAUUUAACGCACCUAGUCUCAAAAUCGUUUGCUGGGUGGAUCGCACUUUUUUUUUUUCGCGUAGUUUUAUUUUAGAUGUUCCUCUAACUGAAAAUAUAUUCUUCUUCUGAAGAACCAAAGUGAUUUAAGAAAAUGUGUCCGCGCUGCAGUAAAUGCUUGGCAUUAGUUAUGGAGAAAAAAAUUUGUAACCUUCUUCAAGCAUUCCAUUUUAUCUGUGACUACAUCUAGAUUCCAGCUACAGAAGAUUCCUGUCUUUUUACUUCUCUGUGUAAUAUUUUCACAAGCAAUCAGUAG